AUGGAAAGGCUAAGCGGACCACCACUGUGGAGGGGAAGGAGGAGGAGGAGGAAUAGCUUGGAGAGGGACACGGGACAUGGGUGCAGCCUUUCUACACUUCAGUCAUCACGCAUCACCAUCACCGCCCAUCGUGACUGCAGCACCGGCACGCUGCAACACCUGCUAGCAGCACGAAGGAUGAACGACGGCGGCGGCGGCAUGCUCUAUAGCCCAGCCCUCGGUCUGUGA